CCGGCGGCGCAGGGAGGGCCGGCUGCGCCCGCGGAGCGAUGCGCGAUCCCGGCCGGGCGCCCCCCUCGCCACCGCUGCCCGGGGCCGGCGCGGGGGGCCCGCCGGCGCGAUGAGGCCGGGCCCGGGGCCGCUGCUGGUGGUGGCGCUGGCGGCGGCGGCGGCGGCGCUGGGCCGGGAGGCGGCCUUCGUGGAGGUGGUGCUUUUCGAGUCCAGCCCCAGCGGCGACUACACCACCUACACCACGGGGCUGCAGGGCCGCUUCUCCCGCGCCGGGGCCACGCUUAGCGCCGAGGGCGAGAUCGUGCAGAUGCAUCCACUGGGACUCUGCAACAGCAACGAUGAAGAAGAUUUGUACGAAUACGGCUGGGUUGGAGUUGUGAAGCUGGAGCAGCCUGAACUGGAGCCCAAGCCCUGUCUCACUGUUCUGGGCAAGGCCAAGCGGGCAAUUCAAAGAGGAGCCACAGCUGUCAUUUUUGAUGUUUCUGAAAAUCCAGAUGCCAUUGAUCAGUUGAACCAGGGCUUGGAAGACCCACUGAAACGACCAGUUGUUUAUGUGAAGGGGGCAGAUGCAGUCAAGCUGAUGAACAUUGUUAACAAGCAGAAAGUGGCACGGGCCAGAAUCCAGCACCGUCCACCACCACAACCUACCGAAUACUUCGACAUGGGGAUUUUCUUGGCCUUUUUUGUGGUGGUCUCUCUGGUUUGCCUCGUUCUUCUAAUCAAGAUCAAACUGAAGCAGCGUCGCAGCCAGAGUUCCAUGAACAGGCUCGCUCUGCAGGCCCUGGAAAAGAUGGAGACUCGGAAGUUCAGAUCCAAGCUGAAAGGGCCCUGCGAAGGCAGCUGUGGUGCUCUGGACACGCUCAGCAGUGGGUCCACCUCGGACUGUGCCAUUUGCCUGGAGAAGUACAUGGAUGGGGAGGAGCUCCGCGUGAUUCCCUGCACACAUCGGUUCCACAGGAAGUGCGUGGAUCCUUGGCUCCUGCAGCAUCACACCUGCCCCCACUGCCGCCACAACAUUAUUGAGCAAAAGAAGGGAAAUCCCAGUCUGGUGUGCGAGGAGAUGGCUAACCAGUUACACGGCCGGCAGCAGCAGCGCGUGAUCCUGCCCGUCCACUUCCCUGCCCGCGCACACAGAGGUGGUCAAGUUACUGCCUACCCCACACGCACCAGCAUGGAUCCCCAUGGGAAUCCCGUCACUGUCUUGACGGUUGAUCGGCAUGGAGAGACCCCAGCCUUCUUCCAAAGCUACCCGCCCAUCCUCCAUCUGGAGUCCCACCCAGGUGCAGCAGAGCAUCAGCCCUGUCCAAUGCCUCACCCUUUCCAGAGGCCGAGGUUCGGCGGCGACCCCUUCUCCAGACCACCUUGCUUCUCCCAGUACGAGACCGUGUUUCAGCACUACUACUUCCAAGGCCUGAGCUACCCUGAGGAACAGAGUGGACAGUUCCCCUUGAACGUGGCUGCCAAGGGCCCUUCCCGUGCCUUCCAGCCUCUCGGUGGCCACAGGCUCUUCCCCCCUGUGGCCCACAUCGCCCCUUCUUCUCAGCCGGAGAGUGGCAGUGCUUCCAGCUUCAGCUGUUACCACGGCCACCGCUCUGUCUGCAGCGGCUAUCUGGCGGAUUGCCCCGGCAGCGACAGCAGCAGCAGUGGUGGCAGCCGCUCUGCCCAGUGCCACUGCUCCUCCAGCGACUCGAUGGUGGACUGCACGGAGGUCAGCAACCAGGGGAUCUAUGGGAGCUGUUCCACCUUCCGCAGCUCGCUGAGCAGUGACUACGACCCCUACAUCUACCGCAGCAAAAGCCCCUCCCAUGGAGGCGAAAAGAGCAGGGCCCUUUGUGGGGAGGUGACGCUUCCAGAAGCCUCCUCUGCACUGCACCCAGGGGCAGGCAAGAGCCAGUCUGGGCCCGUCACUGCAGCAGGGGACCAGCUGUCUGACUGCAGCCUUGAAAUGAAUUACAGCAGCAGCAGCAGCAGCAGCAGCAGCCGCUCUUCGCUGGAGCAGAAGGAACUUGCCCACACUCUCUCUGAGCGAGGAGGCUCAGGAGUGCUUCCUGAGGGCGUUGGAGAAAGUGGUCGGACCGUUAGGGAGCCUUGUGAGCGAUCAUGUGCCUGCUGCUUGGAAGCACAAGGGGCCCCACGGGAAUUGCUGGGUAGGGCAGCCAGGGGUGGCAGCACGCUGCUUCAGGGAAUGCCUCUUUGGUCAGGGUGCGGCUCUGUGUGGGAGCCCCAGACAGGGAGAAGUCAGGGUCUGGUCAGUGUUAGGACACAGGGGGUCCCACGUGAGGCCUUGCCCUGCUGCUUCUAUGAAGAGAAGCGGGUGGCCGGCAGUAGCCCCAUCCGGCCAGGCCAUUAUACGGAAGACUGUGCAGUGAAUGUUCGGUAUGUGUGUGCGGAGGACCCUUUGCCAGGCUGCUAUCCAGGCCUAUGCGAUGCAGGCCAGUGCAUUGCCAUUAUUCCCGAGGACCGGGACUCUGAGCUGGCGCUCCCGGUAGAUUGCUACAGUGUCAGCAGCCCUUGGGAGGGGCCACAUGGAACAGCAGCCCCUAGCGAGGCCCGGGGGACUCCCAUGAAGGUGUUUGGCGAGUCACGAGAGAUACGGCAAGAAGGGUGCCUGCCCAUUGUGGGUUUCCCACAGGAGGAGUCCCGUGGGCUCUUUUCCAGCCCUCUGCAAAGUUGCUUGGAGGCAGUGGCCACUGGAGAAGGCCCCCAGGCUUUGGGUAAGUCAGCAGCACCAUCUUGGCUGGAGGCGGGGUGGGUGAGGCGGGGAGGAAAGGCAGGCUCCUUCAUCCGGCCAAGCCCAGGCCAUGUUGGCUGCUGGCGAAAUGCCUCUGGAGUGCUGUAGGGAGGCUGGCCAGAGCUUGUUUUGUCCAAGUUUGGGAUCCUUUGAGCCUCAGAGCAGUAUCGGUGGCAGCGGGAAUGGCCUUGAGAGCAGUCGCUUGCAUCCAGUGCUGCAUUGGCAUGAGAUCUCGGCCCCUGACCUGAAGGGGCUCAGAUGUGGGACUCUUGGCCAAGACUCAGGAACAGUUUCAUUUUUUCAGGCUGCUGUUCCCCAGGGCGGUGUCAGGUUGGGGAUUAAUAAGAAGAGGACGGUCUUGAUGCGGCUGGACUUUAAAGCCCUCUUUUGCUUGCAUUGACACGAGACAGGAGUAAUCCAGAGAAGCUCUGGCUGUGUGCUGCUGCCUGAGGCACAGAGGAUCUUUGGCGAACCACAGUGUCAUCCACUGCUGCUGCCGCUGCCUGAGGACAAGAGGCCAGUUAUGUAGCUGGGUCAUGCAGUGCACCAUCCUCCUGUGCCAGGGGAUCCAGACUGCCUUAGAAAAGAAACGGCACUUUGAAAGAAAUGGAGUCCAAGGGGUGGAGGCUGCCUGUCCCUUUGUGCAAAAAUGCAAGCCCUCUUCCUCAGCCUGACUGCGAUGGGUGGAAAUAGGCCUGGACAGAGGCCCAAUUCCAACAGUGCCUUCUGCCUGCUCCUGGUGCUGCUGUUGCCGUGGGCUUUGCCUGAGCCCUGCACUGGCCUUCCUGCUCUGGGUUGAGGCCUUAGGUUGGGGAUCCCUCCCUGUUGCUCCUGGGGUUCAAGUGUGUUGUCGCUUCCUUCCCAUGGUUAAUAGUUUCCUAUGGAAACAUUCCUUCUGGCUGCUGCAGCCACAGCUGUGUGGUUCCCCAAGGCACGCCCCCCGUGCGGCUGAGACCGUGACAGUUGCCGUGUGUUGGCGUCUGCAGAUGCUAUUCCUGUUCUUCUCUGUGCCUAAUUGGAGAUUUGGGCUGAGGGCUUUUUUGUUUAAAACAUAGAAGGUGCCUAGAUUCCCCCCCCCCCCCCGGGUUUAAUUUGUUAAUGUGUUGGGAUGAGCAGAGGUACUGAACUUUUCAUUUUCUGCCCAGUUUAUGGAAAAAAGGGGGAAGAUUUUAUAAUGAAAAGACCCAAGAGUCAUACCAUACCUGUUAACAAUUUCAUAAUUAUGAGUUUAUUGUAGUAGACUGAUGUGAUGAAAUUCCUUUCUGAGCUUCAGUACUUCUCAUUCUAACUGUGUGUGUUUGUGCCCAUGUCAAUAUUGCAUGUUUUCCCUUCAGCAGCCCUAACUUUGUGGCUUCUGAUCACGUGGAGGCAACAUUUCUGGGGCUCGGAAGAGUAUGUAGCCCUCAAGCAGGAAGCCCUCUCCUCCCAUCCUUUAUUAAGACCUCUCUUACUACUGCAGAACUCUUUCUCCUUAUUGCCACUACAUAAAAUAUAUUUUACUUCUGUUGCUGUCUUCCUUCCUUGUUAUUUAAUUCAGUUGGUGGACAGUGUAGUAAGGGUUUCUUUCGUGACAGUAGUUUCCAUCUGUUGCACUUCCCUCAUUUGUGUUUUCUGAGACAUUUUUCUGAAUCUUCUGCCUGGUUUAAGUUUUCUCCAACACGUCCAACAUAAAUAGCGGUUCCAUUUAUAUACAUCCCUGGAUAUGGGCAUGUAGUAUCUUCCAGCAGGUGGCGUCACCCCCCCCCCCCCCGCAACACCUCCAGAAGCAUGAUCCUAGGCACCAAACAUCCAGAUUCUCAAGACCCAUCCAGUUGCCUAGUCACCAUAUCAGCCUUGGCUAACCCUAACCCUAACCCUAACCCUCAUGGAACAGCUGUUCUGGAGGUUUUGCUUCUCAGAUGUGUCUCAGUCCACCUUAGCUAGAGAAUUGAGUGUUUUAACUCGCACUGCGGAACUCACUCAGACCCCUGCAUCUCAUGAAUUUGUUGUAAGUUCGCAUUCCUCCUGCAGUUCCUGCCUAGAUUUGCGACCUGUUGGGGGUGAUCCUAGAUGCCAACCAGCUGUCCUCUGAUACAGCUGGUACCGCUCAAUCCUGAUGGCUCAAUUUACCUGCCCCCUCCCCCACUCAAGUUCAGCAGCCAGCACUUGCUGCACUGCUGGCCUUGCUACUUUAGUGCCUUCUCCCCACCUUUGGUCCUGGCACAUAUGGUUUGGUGGUGCCUGGUCUUUGGGUGAGCAGCUUUUGCACGGUUGCAAGCUAUAGCUGGCUUCCUGGACCCACUGCAGGUGAUAUCCCUGGAAGGGAAGCAGCCUCUUUUGUCGGGGGUAGAGGCUCAGAGUGGAAAUGGAAAGGGGAGGCGAAGUCUCCCGAUUUCCAUGUUUUAGGUUUUGGGGGUUGAAGAGUGGAAAUAAGAGCAAGUUUCCCACCAGAAGUUUCCACUCCCCAUUUCUCCCCUCAUUUUUCAUUUCUGAUAAAAAAAAAUGCAUUGCUGAAAAUUGGCCAUUUUGCAACUUAAAUGUUGGGUGCACAGUCUUGUGGUGCUGAGAUCCUAUAUGUGGGCUGCAGGCUGAUUUGCUUGCUAGGAUUGAUGCCUGGCAUAUACACCGUGGAUGCUUUUAACACCAGCAUUUUCUAGUGCUUGUAGUUGACUUACAUGUACUCUUAUCAGACACCUGGCACACAGCACAGGAGCUGUGUUUCUUUUCUUGGGCCUGUAUGGUUGAUUCUGUCCAGACCGAAGCUAGAUAAAAGUGGCUGUUUGAGCUCCCGAGUUCGAACUCCCUGCUCAGUGCAGGGAUCCAAAUUAAGCAUCCCAGACAGAUGGCUGUCUAGUCUUUGCUGGACACAUUCAGUUGUAGGGGACUCCUCCACCCCGUCACCAGGUGGUUGAUUUCACAAUCAAAUUGUUUUUGCGAUUAGGUUUUUUUAACAGUCCCUCAAAUCAACUUUCCUGUAACUUUAGUCUAUUUUAUGUCCAGCACUCUGGGAUGAGAGAUAAAUGUUUGUGAUCUUUUUCUGUGUGAUCCUGUUCUACAGCACUCUGGGAUGAGAGAUAAAUGUUUGUGAUCUUUUUCUGUGUGAUCCUGUUCUAAUUUUUUGAAGAGUGGAUCUUUUCUAAAGGCCAAGCAUACCCAGCUCCUUCAACCUCUUUUCAUAAGACUUAGUUUGCUAGUUUCUUGUCAGUCAGACUGCAAAAAAGGGGGGAAGCUGUGGGGAAGAAAUAGAAGCAACUAUCUGCUGCUCUGUGCUGCAGGCUAACCUCUUUUCCCCAGUGGUUCAGAGCGGUUGGGGAAAAAAUCUACCCCAGUCAUUGAGGCAGGGCAGCAGCACAGGCCUCCCCAUUUCGCAUGUGCUGCCUCUCUUCCCAAGCUUCCAAAAUCUUUGCAAUGCAGGUCCUGUAUGCAGUGUGACAGCACAGAUUACACUCAAAGGACUACAGCGUAGCUGCUGAGCCGCUGGUUGGUAAGCAUCACUGAAAGCGAGAAUAUAGAAGCAAGCUACUGGUGGAUGUUGGAGCCUUCUAAGCUCAUUGUCCCUCGACCUGUGAAAUCCAACUUGACCUCUCUUUAACCCCCCCCACACUUUUUGUGUGUGUCUUCAUUAUCUUUCUACCUUUUGUAGAGAAAGUAGUUUCUUGUUGCCUAUUUGGAAUCUCUUCAUAACAAAAGUUUUAUAAUGGUCAGUACAAUAGAUGUUUUUAUUCUAAAAGUCCUUUUUAUCAAAAUAAUUAUUGCCACUAUGAUGGGCUCAUAAGGCACUAUUUUCAAAUAAACUUUUUUUUUAAGAAAAUGAGAUUUCUGUAGCACUUAAACUGUUUUGUAUAAAAAUUUACUGUAAAGAUUUGUAAGAUGGUUAAAGGGCUCUUCCUCCAUUACCAGUUGUAAUGUUUUUAAUGGUAGAAAACAACUUGUUUCUAUUCUGUAUGUAUAGCAGCACAUUUCAUUUAUGGAAAGAUGUUCUCAGAAUAUUUAUUUACUAAUAUAUUUAUCAUAAGCCAUGUCUUAUUUGAGCGUGUACUGUUUAAAAUGAAUGAAUGAAUGAAUAAAAUAAU